UAGGAAUGGACAAACAAAGUUCCAAAUACCGACUUAACGAUCAAUUUCGGAUCAAAAGAUCCACUUGUUUGGACAAAAGAAUUUUUCGACCUGAUAACGUUCGCAUCAUCGGACAGGCCAACAAUCAGGUCAUCAUGUGCUUACUCACGCAACAGCGAUUAUUGCUCACAUUCGAUCAACAUGCCGUACAUGAAAGAAUCCGAUACGAACGAAUACUGACAGCAUCGUUUGACCAAGGUUAUUUGAGUGGUCAACCGGUAAAACCGCCAUAUGAAAUCAGCAUACCAGAACAACUCAGCCAACAACUCACCGAUGAGAUAUUGAACAAAUUCCAACGACAACUAAACACACAAAUGACUGUCAGACCAACCGAUUCGACCGUCAUCAUAACCAAUGUUCCUGUCUGUUUUGGACGCAACUUUCAUUAUCCAGGUUUGUUUCAGGAUUUUCUAAUCGACGCACUUCGAUAUUUUGACAGUCAACAGCAGAGCAAUUCUCAAAGUUCUACUGGUCACAUGACGCCAUUCUUGGUGGAACAAAUUCGAACUCAAGCAUGCCGUGGUGCCAUUCGAUUCAAUGAACCAUUGAGUCGCUAUGAAUGUGAUGAAAUGAUCCGAGCGUUGACAACAUGUCGAUCCAGUUUUCGUUGCGCACAUGGUCGAGUACUGGUCAAACCAUUACUGUACAUUAAUCAUAUCAAUAAUGACCAACACAACCAUCUUAUGAAUGAGGCAUGGAAACGACAUUUUCAGCCGAAAAUCGACACAAUAAUCGAAACAAAAAACGAUCAAAUAAAAAAACAAUUUAUCAAAUGAAUAAAUGUAAUUUAUUAAGAUAAUAAUGAAAUAGAUAGAUAUAGAUAGAUUAUAAACAAAAUUCUGUAUAAUUCAAAUGAGAAAUGAUAUGCCAUUGUUCGUUGUGGCGAUA